AUGGUGAAGCUGGAGAUGGCAGUACCCCACCUGUGGUUGACCGCUGCGCUCCUCCUGGCGCCCUUUUGUGCCCGCUGCUCCUCUUCAGAACCCGUCUGUCCGCAGCCCUGCUCCUGUGACAGAGCUCCAGUGCUGAACUGCUCCUCAUCGCGCCUGUCCUCAGCGCCGCAGCUCGUCAAAUACUCUGUGACCGAGCUGGACCUGUCUCAUAACCUCCUCACCUCUUUAACAUUUCACCGUCCACAUCACAAUCUCAGGAGGAUAUGGCUGGGAAACAACAGCAUCACGCACUUGUCUCUCUGCUUGGAGCGACAAGUCGGGGGUCGAUAUCUCAGGCAUGGCUUGGGAACCUGGAGUGGAAGGGGGUGUCUGACGUGGGCCCCCACCCUGCAGCUGUUGUCUAUUGAGAGGAAUCGGCUAGAACGGCUUCCAGAGGGUCUGGAUGGAGUUGAGUUCUUGCAGAUUCUGCAGCUCUCUUUCAACAGGAUUUCAAUCCUGCAACCGGGAGAACUUAGUCACCUUCGACAGCUCAAAGAGCUCCACUUACAUCACAACCUCCUCACACAUCUCCAACCACAGAUAUUUCAAAAUUUAGUCCAGCUCAGGGUGCUUGAUCUGAGCUUCAACAUGUUGACCAGCCUUAAUCCACUGAUGUACCUUACGCUGCGUAACAUUGGAACAGACGUGAGGUUGGAUGGAAACAGGUGGCAAUGUGACUGUCGGAUGAGUGGACUACAGAGGUGGAUGGCCUUUGACAAAAGCAGAGGGCUGAGGGGCUGGUCGGUGGUUUGCCUUUCGCCCUCAAACCUCUCAGGCAGAGACCUUCAGCAGCUGGAGGAGGGGGACCUAACGUGCUCGACCACCGAAGACAGCCCGGAUCGCCACCAAGAUGUGACAGUUCAUCGCGGCUCAGAGAUACUGCUGUCUUGCUCUGCACAAGACUCGGUGUGGUGGACACCCAGCGGUCAAGCAUCUGGGAGUCAGCAUCAGGGUGGUCUGCUCAUCAGUGACAUUUCAGAGAAAGACGUGGGACUGUAUGUGUGUGUAUCUCAAGAAGAUGAUACUGUGUCUGUUUUUAACCUCCAAAUCAGUGAAAUGGCGGGUGCAGGAAAAUCUAAUCCUUCCAGGACCCGUCGACAAAUAAUACCCCCACACACUUCAGACAAGAUAGUUGAGGAGAGAAACCAGAGAGCAACACAGUCCGACUUAGCUCUGGCUGUGUGCUUGUCAAUUCUUUUCACAUUCCUGAUAGCUUUUAUCCUCGGAGUCCUGGCAAGGCCUUAUGUUGAUGCGCUGUGGAAACGGAUGAGCAAAAAGAAAACCGACCCUGCAGCCACUGUGGCCACUGUUGAGCAAAGACAAUAUGACAACAUGGGAUUCUCGAGUGCUGAGGAAGCUGUGGAAACAGGACCUCACAGGGAAAGGAGGGUCACGUUUAGCUCAGCAGAUUUUGGAGAAGACAUCCAUGAACCUUAUUAUGAUAUUGUAGCUAGUGGAGAUCAGGCGAUCGUUAAAGGUAAUGCGGUUAUUGAAUGUGAAACAGCUGAGGCUAAGAAUGAUAUGCAUACAGCUGGAAAUUCAGGAAGUGAAAACAACUUACGACAGAGCAGUCGAGUGGAUAUGCAGAUUGAAGACAGUGACUCAGAUGGGAUUACUGUACGGCACAACCAAGAGUUUGAACGCAUCCCAGAUCGUACUGAGCUGGGGGAGAGGAGAAGCCUAUCAUCUAGCUCAGAUUCUUCCUUAUCCGAAAGAGUUUCUAAAGACAAAAUGGCAAAAGGAAUCCAUGCAAUGCCCAAAUCUCCUCAGCUAGCAGAAGACACAUUUCAGCAGAGAGCAGAUUCCUCUGCUGCCAAAAAGGUAAAGGUUUCAAAGAAUUCCAGAAAGGAUAAAAGUCAAAUACCUGGAUUUUCUUCUGAGCCUUUUGCAGAUUGGUCACCUCACACAAGUAACAGAAACCCAACUAAUGAAAAUAGUUCUCAGGACAAUGAAGAACUAUUUGAAUUCAGUGACUCUUCUCAAAGCAUAUCUGCAAGGUCUAGCAGUGUGUUUGGUUAUUUUAAUUAUCCCAAAGAAGCCAUAAAACCCACUUCUGACAAAGAUAAGAAGGGUGGUAUUUCCAGUUCCAGCUCAUUUUCCUCCAGUGACAAUUGCAAAGAGCCAAAACAAAACAAAAUCAAAAAAGAAAAAGGGAAAGAAAGAUCUACUUCAAACAAUGGCUUGUUAAGCAGCAUGGUAGGUGCUCAAGGGGGAACAAAGAAGAGAGUUGCACCUAAGCCACCAACUGCAAAAUUGUCAUCAUCCUCCACUAGUGGCAGCAAAGAAGAAAACACAGACCUCAAUGUAGGACCCCAUCAAAAAGAAACUAGCCAAACCAAGGGCUAUUUGGAUGUUAGAACCCGAACACCAUCUAGUGAUUCAUUAUCUAGUGAUGAGAGUGCAGAGAACGUAAGGGACAAUAGAACGGUGCACAAAAAGAAAAACACGAGGAUCCAUGACUCUCAAGAAGUGAGCGCUCAUUCAAGUACUCUGUGGCCACCUCUUGAUCUUGACCGUACAACACAUGUCAAGAGGCACCUAGUUAUCAAAGCACCGUCAUUAAGGUCUGAUUCAUCUUCUAGUAGUGACAGCGAAAAUGAAAAAACAUUACAGGAAAAAAAAAAAGAGCAGGUACACACGUCAAAGACUCCUGUUGAAGGAUCUCAAACAGUAGGUCACAAGCCAGAAAACCAGUGGCCUGCCAUUGAUCUUGGAUAUGUAAAACGUGUCAAGAAACGACUUGACAUUAAAGCACCUUCAGCAAGCUCCGAUUCAUCUUCCAGUAGUGACAGUGAAGAUGAUACAUCUGGUCACGUAGGUAGUCAAAGGCGUGGAAUAUUGGACAUUGGACUGUCUUUGUCAGACUCCAAAACACAAAGUCAGACUCCAGAUGGAAGGUGGCCUGCACUUGAUCUUCAGCAUAUUCCUCACGAAUCUGAAACAAAAAAUCAAGCUGCAGAUGUAAGGGGUCUUGCUGUUGAUCUUCAGCAUAUUGUUAGAAUAAAAAGGCGCCUUGAUAUCAAAGCACCGACACCAAGUUCUCAUUCAUCUUCAAGCAGUGACAGUGAGGAUGAAACAACAAUCCAAAAAAUGGGGAAUCAGAAAUUAAAUUUACCACUAUUUAAUGUUGGUAUUACUGGCCAUUCACAAGAAGGAAAGAUGGGAGAAGUUAACAAAAAUCCAAGUUACUCAUCAAGUAGUUCAGAUGAUGAAGAUCCUGCCAUGAAACAUUUCAACAACCAGACAGCAACUUUAGAAACAGAUCCAAAUUCAAAAUGGCCAAAAGUGGGCUUGAGUGGCAACCUCCAUAUAAAAAGGCGUCUGGAUAUCAAGGCGCAUUUCCAUUCUCCUGAGUCAUCUUCCAGCACCGAAGACGAUGUUAAGGCAGAGGACCUACGCGUGCCAAAGACAGACAGAAAUCAUGUGAGGAUAAUACCUAAUGUCAAUAGACGUUUAGAUAUCAAAGCUCCAUUGUCGCAACACAAUCAAGCUCCCAGCAGCAUGUUGGAUUCUCAACAUUCUGAAUCGCACUCUUCCAGCAGUGAGAGUGAAGAUGAGAAAAGAGACAGUAAAGCUAAAGUAGAGUUGGGAGUGACAACCAUGUUUGCAAAGAGGAUAUCUCAGAGUCAAAAUCAAAAUCAAAAUGUCAAAUUAGAAAGGUACACAAUCCUUACAGAUGGCAACAAACCGAACGCUGAUACACCUGAGAUUAACCAAGACCUCCAGAAAAAGUGGGCCGACAUGAAACUUGGCAUCUCCCGCUCCCGAAAGCGCCUUGAAAUCACAUCAAAAGCAAAAGAAGCACCCAGUUUGUCAUCCACCCAACCCGACUCUCCAUACUCUUCCAGCAGUGACAGCGGCUCUGGUUCAAGAACGAGAGUAAAGAGAAGGCUUGCUGCAAUGCAUGAAAUAACCCACACAGACCCAACUCCAAUCCUUAAAAACAGACCAGUAAACGUUUCUGCUACUUCCGAAAAACUGGAUAAAUACAGGUCCUUGGUAGAAAUCCGAGACAGAGUAACAGAUGAUUAUAGCUUUCAUGGAAGUGGAGAAAAACCUAAGCCUGACCCCAUAUUAGCUGACUUUAGUCCUCCAUAUAUUGGACACACUGUAACGGCUCCCAGUACACCAUCACAAAAAACGUAUUCCUCCUCAAGCAGCAGCAGUGAGAAUGAGACGGUGGACCAAAGCGUUGCAGACCUGAGAGCUGGUGUCCCACGUCUCAAAAGGCGUCUGAAUGUAAAGGCACCAUCACCACAGCUAAGCAGCUCUCAGUCUUCCUCCAGUGAGAAUGAAAAUGAUGAAGUAGCACGCAAUUCAGAACAAAGUAUACAUUCAUCAACUCAUUCAGGAAGGAGAGAUGACUAUCCGAUCCCCUACAAACGUUCAAUUAUCAGAGGUCCAUUAGUGCCUACUAACCCUUUAACCCCAAGAGGGCGAGAUCAACCUGUGGACUUUACAAAGGAAAGUCCAAUGGAAGUGGAUCUCCCACUUCAGGUGAGGUGGGCUGGUAUUGGCCGUCAUCCGUCUGACAUUUUGCUGCCCAAACCUACAAAUGUGAAUGCAGGGUCAACAUAUCUGCCCCAGGCCACACCUACGGCGCCAAAAUCUUCACCUCUUCACCCGUCUGACAGUUUAACCAUCACAAACAUUGUCCAAGACAGUGGCAGUCCGUCCAACAAAACCAAUGAAAUGUCAGAAUCUGUACCUGAGGACAAAAAGAUAAAGAGAGGCCUUGGCGCUCUAAAAGCCAUGGCAUCAGAGAGAAGUGUUUGGGAAUCACCUUUGGACAAAGAUGCAUCUAAGGGUCCACAAGAUGGCGGUAGUUUUGAGAUAUACGCCAAAGCCAAGUCUGCACAGCCAUUUAAACAAUUAAAGCUUCCCUCUGCAUCAGCCGAUGAGAAACAAACAGGAUAUUUGUUGCACGGAAUGCCCCUUUAUAGGAGGCAUAACAUUAGAGACAUUAAUCCACCACAGGAGGCUCCACCUCCCAUCCCAGACACACCUCCACCAGAUUACUGA